CUCGGCUCUCUUCGGCUCCGUUCGGCCGCCGCCCCGGAAGGGCGCCCAUGGAGCCGGGCGUGCCGGCUCCACCGACAGCUAUGGCGCCGCUGUUGGAAUACGAGCGGCAGUUGGUGCUGGAACUGCUGGAUGCGGACGGGCUGGUAGUGUGCGCCCGCGGGCUCGGCGCGGACCGGCUCCUCUACCACUUCCUACAGCUGCACUGCCACCCGGCAUGCCUGGUGCUGGUGCUCAACACGCAGCCGGCCGAGGAGGAGUAUUUUAUCAAUCAGCUGAAGAUAGAAGGAAUUGAACACCUCCCUCGCCGUGUAACGAAUGAAAUCACAAGUAACAAUCGCUAUGAGGUUUACACACAAGGCGGUGUGAUAUUUGCAACCAGUCGAAUACUUGUGGUUGACUUCUUGACUGACAGAAUACCCUCAGAUUUAAUUACUGGCAUCUUGGUGUAUAGAGCUCACAGAAUAAUCGAUUCUUGUCAAGAAGCAUUCAUCUUGCGCCUCUUUCGACAGAAAAACAAACGUGGUUUCAUUAAAGCUUUCACAGACAAUGCCAUUGCCUUUGACACUGGCUUUUGUCACGUGGAAAGAGUGAUGAGAAAUCUUUUCGUGAAGAAGCUGUAUCUGUGGCCAAGGUUCCAUGUAGCAGUAAACUCAUUUUUAGAACAGCAUAAACCCGAAGUCGUAGAAAUUCAUGUUUCUAUGACACCUGCCAUGCGUGCUAUACAGACUGCUAUUCUGGACAUUUUAAAUGCGUGUCUGAAGGAACUGAAAUGCCAUAACCCAUCACUGGAAGUCGAAGAUUUAUCUUUAGAAAAUGCUAUUGGAAAACCUUUUGACAAGACAAUCCGCCAUUAUCUGGAUCCUUUGUGGCACCAGCUUGGAGCCAAGACUAAAUCCUUGGUUCAGGAUUUGAAGAUAUUACGUACUUUGCUGCAAUAUCUCUCUCAAUAUGAUUGUGUCACAUUUCUUAAUCUUCUGGAAUCUCUCAGAGCAACAGAGAAGGCAUUUGGUCAGAAUUCAGGUUGGCUGUUUCUUGACUCUAGCACCUCGAUGUUUGUAAAUGCUCGAGCAAGGGUUUAUCAUGUUCCAGAUGCCAAAAUGAGUAAAAAAGGCAAAAUGCCUGAAAAAAUGGAAAUUGAAGAGGAACAAGAAGCAAAAAAGGAACUGGUACUAGAAAGCAACCCAAAGUGGGAAGCACUUACCGAAGUACUGAAAGAAAUUGAGGCAGAGAAUAAGGAGAGUGAAGCCCUCGGUGGUCCAGGACAAGUUCUCAUCUGUGCAAGUGACGACAGGACGUGCUCCCAGCUGCGGGAGUACGUCGCGGUCGGAGCAGAGGCCUUCUUGUUGAGGCUGUACAGGAAAACCUUUGAGAAGGACAGCAAAGCUGAAGACGUGUGGGUGAAGUUCAGGCAGGAGGACGGUACAAAGAGAACAACGAAAUCCAGCAGAAGGCCCAGAGGCCUCCGAAACAAAGAGGGGGCUGCUGCCAAAGAGAGGGCUCUCAGAAAGAAGAAGCCACGGUUGACUUUAACUCAGAUGAUGGGGAAAUCUGAAGAAGUGGACGAGGAGAGAGAUGUCGAGGAAGGGUGUCCAAGAGACGUAAGCAACAGCCCCGAGAACUCCUUAGAAGAUAUUCAGCAUGAGGAGUUUGAUUUAAAUGUACCAUCUGAUGCCGCGUACGGGAUCCUGAAAGACCCCCUCACCAUCAUCCACCCACUUCUGGGCUGCAGCGACCCCUACGCUCUGACCAGGGUGCUCCACGAAGUGGAGCCGCGAUACGUGGUUCUGUACGACGCAGAGCUAACGUUCGUACGUCAGCUUGAAAUUUACAGGGCAAGUCGCCCCGGGAAACCGCUGAGGGUUUACUUUCUUAUAUACGGAGGUUCCACCGAGGAACAGCGCUAUCUCACUGCUUUGCGGAAAGAGAAGGAAGCUUUUGAAAAGCUCAUAAGGGAAAAGGCUAGCAUGGUUGUCCCUGAAGAAAGAGAAGGCAGGGAUGAAACGAACCUGGACCUCGUAAGAGGCUGCAUGUCUACGGGCGCUCCCACUGACACUCGGAAAGCGGGCGGCCAGGAGCAGAAUGGUACCCAGCAAAUCUGGUGCCCCUCCCCACACGCAACCGCGGAGCUGUUUGAGGAGCUGAAGCAAAACAAGCCACAGCCUGACUCGGUGGCCGCCAUGGCGGUGACCGCGGACUCCGAGACCCUCCCCGAGGCAGAGAAGUAUAGCCCCGGGCCCCAAGACUUCCUGUUGAAAAUGCCGGGGGUCAAUGCCAAAAACUGUCGCUCCUUGAUGAACCACGUUAAGAACAUCGCAGAGUUAGCCAGCCUGUCCCAAGACAAGCUGGCGAGUGUCCUGGGGAACGCGGCAAACGCGAAGCAGCUCUAUGACUUCAUUCACACCUCCUAUGCCGAGGUUGUAGCUAAAGGGAGAGUGAAAAAAUGAACAGUGGUGACUGUUUUCUUCUCCUGUGACUGUGCUGCUCAGCUGCCGUCUGCUCACUCUUAAUUGUCAGCCCAGAGUCUCACUCUCGACCUUCUAAGGAUUGCGCUGUUUGCUGGGCCAGUGGCCCCGAGGCCCAGGCUCCGCUCUGAACUUCGCAUUUAGGAAUCAUUUUUACUUCCCCUGCCUUCUCUCCUCCCUCCCUGCACACCCACGCCAGGUCUAGUUCCUUCAGUUUUUAAAUGAGGUGUUGUCAGGGUCAGGUAGUGUUUAUAGAGGGCCCUUUCUGAAACAAGCAGAAAUUUAUGUUUCCUCCAUAAACUGAUAAACACACAAUUGUGUUCUCACCCUCUGUCUACAGAGGGGCCGCCAGGACACUGAGAAGGGAGCGUCUCUGCCACUCCUGACCAGUUCUCUGCACGUUUUCCUCAACUCCGUGCUUUUCCCACCACCCGUCUGCCCCUGAGAUAAAUUCAUGGGGAUUUCCUACUGCUAAUUUAAGAAAGAGGCAUCUCUGAAACUGGCUGAUCGGUUUUCUAAUCAC